AUGAAAGAAUUAUUCUCAGUGGCAGGGUCCGAUGGUAGGGAACAUGAGGCUGAUGGCUUUUUCAAAGUUGUGCAAGUGGAGCCAAAAUUUGCAUACUACAACGUGCCAACCAAUGUGAAAGUACAUUUCAAAUCUGCAAUCAACAACCUGAGCUCGGCAUGCAAAUCCAGUCAAUUUGGUUUCUACAUGCUAGAGGAUUUUACUUACGAUGAAAAUUCUUCCAUCAUAUACAAGAGAUUGACGGUAAAGAAUGAUGACGAUGAUUAUGGCAGCGAAGGAUGUAUUUUGCUGGCCAGCGUUUUAAAAUCCAGGGGCAGUUUACAGUUGCGAACGGAAUCAAAACUUUUCCUCAAAUUCAACAAACGAAUCAUAAAUACUAAUACAUCCUUCUUGUUCAAACCUAAAAGUUCAUUUCAACCUUCUAUUACGCCUUCAGCCACUAUCAUCUCCGGAGGAACGCGGGUUGUCAUCAGCGGUGAGAACAUCGAUCAGUCCGCUGGCGACCUCAAGAUGUUCGUUCAAUGUUUUGAAAUGGAUAGUGGUCUUUAUUGGGAGAACCAAGAGACUUGCGAAGUGGCGUCACCGACAUCUGUCCAAUGCAAACAACCGAAACUUUUGUUUUCUGAGAAACUGAUGAAAAAUUUGAGAUUGAAAGCAGAGGAGAACAUUUCUGUUCCGUUAAAUUUGACUGGGAGAGCUCAGUUAACGUUCACUUUGAUGUUCGAGAAUGAAUCACAUACGCUGACGGCACCCAGUAUCUACAACGACCCCAUCAUCGACACAUUCCAUCCUUAUGUGCAGACUUUCGACAUCGAGAAAGAUAAAAGAAUUUUUAUAAAAGGCAAGUGGGCGAAAGUGAAAUGGUCAGCUGCACACGAGGUGCUGAUAACGGUUGGUGAUGGUAGAUGCGAAGAUAUAAAGAGGGAGAGCAGGUUCGAAAUUUCAUGCUGCCCUUCGUUUGCCGCCACUCCAUCUUUGCUUCAUCCAGCGAAACCUUUGUUGGUGAAGGUGGAGAUAGGUCACGCCACGUACCAACUCGGCUAUCUCAAAUACAGCAGUACCAAAGUCAUCUUCAACGUCAUCAUCAUCACCAUGGUGACCAUUUUAUCAUUGGUUGUGGUGACACGAGGGGCAGGAACCCUCGCCACGCUCCUGCCUGCGCCAACAUCUGUGGUAAAAAAUAUUUACUCGCACCAUUACCUCGUGAAAAUAUAG